ACCGGUACUUCCUGCUUUGAGUACUCUACUAAGGGAGAGAGAGGAGACUUUUCUGUAUCCGAGCGCUGGGUGACCAUGAAAACACUUCAUGUGCUGCUAUCUGUCCUGCUGCUGCUGCCUCUCUCGGAAAGUAACAGAGAGCUGUUCACAGUGAAUGCACCGAGGAGGGUACAUGGAACAGUUGGAAGUGCUGUCGUUCUGCCUUGCUAUUUCACGUUCCCCUAUGCCAGCUACACUACCUUUGAGAUCACGGUCAUCUGGAAAAUAGGGGUGUUUUACACAGGGACAGUUCUCUUCAACGCAACAAACAGAGCCAAGGGUCAGGGGGAUUUUGAAAAUAUGGUUCAAACGAACAUUAAUGACCGGUACAGACUGGUUGGAGACCCCAGGAUUGGUAAUGCUUCAGUCGAGAUAAAAGAAGCCAGGCUGGAUGACACCAGCGAGUAUUUCUGUCGUGUGGAAGUCAAACGCCCAGCAUUAGCUCCUUACAUGAAAGAAAACAAUCUUGGGACCAUCCUGAAAAUAACAGGUCCACCUGUCAUCCUGAACAUGUCCACCCGGGUCGUCAAUGGCACACAGUUUACCCUCGUGUGCCACGUUCAAGGAGAGCCCUCUCCAAAGAUCAUGUGGAUUGACCCCCAACAGAGCAGACUGCCCAUGAAUGCCAGCGAUACUCCAGUUGUACCAGGCCCAGGGCAGUAUCAGGUUGUGGGGGAGUUACGUGACCCCAAGCUGGGAGGGAACUACACGUGUGUGACCACCAACACCUUCGGCAAUUCCACGCAAGUCAUCUACUUCGCCAGCUUGACAGAAGGCCGAUCAGUGCUCAAAGUAAUCAUCGGUGCCUUGGUUGGAAGCCUCCUUGCAAUCAUUCUGAUCAUUAUUGCCCUCACGUUCUGGAGGAGAAGGAAGGGUAUUCUGGUUUUUACCUCACAGAGAGAAAGAUGCCAGCCGAAAUCAACCAACUAUUGUGAAGUGAAAAUGUACCACCAGCAAGCAACGCCAGAGGAGACUAGCACUGUUCCAGAAUCCCCAGAAGUUAAUGGUCACUAACGGGUGAGCUUUACUGGAUGCGGCGUUUGACUGUGGCCACACCGUCGGACUAGACCUCGCAGAACACAACAAACCCAAGACGUGGUGCCCCGUGAAAGGAGUCGGACUCUGUGCAAAGUGACCAUCGAUAUUUUACAGUCUCCUGUUCAGCGUCUCAACGCAGGGGACGGGGGAACUGAGACUUCUGCUUUUGGAUUGGCUGAUUGCCCAACAAAAAGCCAUCAGUUGCCAAGGUAACCUACUGUGUGGUGUGGGAUCUCCAGCCCCACUGUGCAGGCUAGAAACUUUUAAACCCCAGUGUCACUGGGAAGACUCAGUGACACGAAGCAUGUGUACAGGUUCUGCUCCCCAAACCUACCAGCUGCGGAUUCAUUCUACCAUACGGGCAUCACCUGGCAUGUGUUGGCCAUUGAUCAGAGAUGAUGCUGGGUACCUUCUGGAACUGUGCAGCAGUUUGAUAUGACCGAGUAUCAGAGAGAAGACCCAUUCAUAUUGCUAUGAGUCUGGAGUCGGGGUUCCUUUCCUGAAGGAUAUUUGAGGACCAGUCGCUUUUUUUU